CGUGUUCACUCUCUCCUAUAACCCCCAUGCACAAACCUCCACUAAUCAAUCGCUCUUUGAAAAUUCGUGUAUAUCUCUAUCUCCCCUCUUUCACAACCAGCAUUUAUCCAAAGUAAGAACAAAACUAAGAACUAAAAAGAAAAGGAAAAGGGAAAAAAUAGUAAGUUUAAUCUUUUUGUUUUGGUGGAGAAGAUGUCACAUUUAAGGGAUGAGCAUGGGAACCCCGUAGAGCUGACAGACGAGCAUGGCCGUCCAGUUAAGCUGACGGACGAGCAUGGCAACCCUAUUCACCUCACCGGCGUUGCUGUCACUGAUGAACAUGGAGACCCCUUGACCGGUGGCGGGAUGCACUCGUCUACAACCACUCACGGUGGCGCGUUACAUGACAACCCCAUGGCCACUACUGGUGGGAUGCAUUCGUCUACUACUCAUCGUGGUGGUGUGUUACCUGACAACCCCUUGACCACUGGCGGGAUGCACUCUACCACCACUUAUGGUGGGGGGACUGGGAUGCAUGACAAACCCUUGACUGGUCAAGGGAUGCACUCUACCACCACUCAUGGUGGUGGGACUGGGAUGCAUGACAAACCGUUGACUGGUCAAGGGAUGCACUCUACGACGACUUAUCGUGGUGGGGAGGUGCAUGACAACCCUAUGGCUACUCAUGGGAUGAAGUCUACUACUCUUGGUGGCGCGGUACAUGGUGGUCAUCAUGAGCCGGGACAUCCAGUCCCAGGGACGCUAGGAGCUGUUUUGGGAGGUGGUGAAGGUGGGCAGUACCAGCCGAGGAGAGAGAUAGGGGAGAUCCAUCGAAGUGGUGACAUUUCUAGCGACACCUCGUCGGAGGGCGAAGGACAUGAUUCCGAAGGUGGGAGAAGGAAGAAGAAAGGAAUUGGAGAGAAAAUAAAAGAGAAAUUAAUGAUGGGAGGGAAGAACAAGGACAAGGAUCAUGAUGUAGAACAUAUUGAUAGCACCACCAUAAGGAUGACCACUACUACCAGAGUUGAGCAUCACGAGGACGAGCACGAGAAGAAAGGUAUAAUGGAUAAGAUAAAGGACAAAUUGCCGGGGUCUGGGCACCAUUAGUUAGUCACCAAAGUUCUAAGUCGCCGUUGUCUACCUUUGGGUGUGAAAUCAUGUACAGGAGAUGAAGGCUUGUGUUGUUGAAUAAUCCAUGUGCAUUGCAUAUAUUGCAUUAGCACAGGGUUUGUACUUCUCCAGAUGUGGUUUUCUUUUGUUUGUUUAGUUGAACUUCCCAUUUUAAGAGUGUGUUUAUGGGUUUCAGUUGUGUAAGACGAAUGUAGGUUUUGUAUUCUAUUUGGUGUUCAGUUUCUGCAAGGAUAA